ACCAUUUCAAGAUUCAUCCAAAAUAACUUACUAUUGUACUCAAAUGCAUUUAAAAAAAACCCUACACUUGGUGGUCGACAAGUUCUUCGUAAAACUUCCAAAAUGAAUAAUUUUGAAGAAAUGACCA